AUUGGGUUUCAGCAUUUAAGUUUGGUCGCCAUAUUUAUGGAAGAGGGAACUAGUAUACUGCAAGAAAAUGUAGUGUUUUCUCAAGUUGUAUACUUCUGCUCAGAGAUUUUUAAUAGGAGACAGAAAAUGGUAUGACCAGAAUUGCAGAUGAUUACAUGCUGGUGUCAAGUUGGAUCAAAUAACAACACCCAAAAUGAUUUUCAUUGACAAUAACAACGUGAAGUAUGAAGUCUGCCAAGUAACGGUGACGGAGGAUAGUAAAAUAGAGUUUACAUUAGAGAACGAACCAAGCAAGAGGGUCAUUGAACAGAUGCCACAUAAGUUUACUCCCUUACACACUGGAACACUAGAAAUCCCUGUCACCCCCAUCCAGCCCGGGGAGCAUCGAAAAUGUCAACUGUGCGAAAAACGGUUCAAAGACACAGAGUCUUUAGAAAAGCACAUGGGUCUGCAUACAUAUGGCAGGGGGUAUAACUGUGAUGUGUGUGGGAAAUCUUUCAGUGCCAAGUCCUUCCUUAAAGUCCAUAUGAUGAUUCAUACUGGGGAAAAGCCUUUUGUCUGUGAAAUAUGCAACAAGGGGUUCUCCCGAAGUUCCAAUCUAAAGGCUCAUCAUCUUACACACACGAAGGAAAAGCCUUUUAAAUGCGACUACUGUGAGAAAGUUUUCACGCAUCCGUCUAACAUGAAGAAGCACAUAAGCUCGCAGCACUCUGAAGGAAGGCCUUAUAAAUGUGAAUACUGUGACAAAAGCUAUAAAUUAUCCAAACAUUUAAGAAGGCACGUUUUGGUUCAUAAUGUAGAUAAAGAUAAAGUAAAAUAUGCCUGUAAUAUUUGUGAUAAAUUAUAUUCUUCUAAAGAAGCAUUAAUUAGACACAGAAAACAGCACAAAGUGCCUCCACCAACUGCAGCAAGUGAUGUUUCUGAAAUGUCUGAUUUAGUUAGUGAGGAGCUCUUUACGGAUGAGAAUGGAAUUCUGCAAGUGAAAAGAGAGGUAGUGAUUCCCCCUGAGAAUGUCCAGAUUGAAAUACCUUCACCUGGGGUACCCCCUUCACCUGUAAAACUAGUACCAAAAAGGGUGGUGAAUACCAUGAUGAAGUGCGAGCAUUGUACAAAAAGAUUUGUGAAUCAAGUAGAUCUGGACAAACACAUGACUCUACACACAGGAGAAAGGCCUCAUAAAUGUCUAGUCUGUCACAAGGCCUUCAACGCCAAAUCCUUUCUGAAGGUUCACAUGGCCACACACUCUAGUGAGAAGCCUUUCAAGUGUGAUGUUUGUGGAAAAGGUUUUAACCGGCCCUCAAACCUCAAGGCUCAUAGAAUAACUCAUGAUAAUCCAAAGCCAUAUCCCUGUCAUAUAUGUGGGAAGAUGUUUUCCCAUCCCUCAAAUGUCCAGAAGCAUAUCAGAAUACACACAGAUGAAAGGCCUUACCAAUGUGAAUAUUGUGAUAAAAAUUUCCGGCAAUCCAAGCAUUUGUCCAGACACAUGCUUAUACAUACAUCAGCACCUGGUUCAUUUAGAUGUGCUCGAUGUGAUAAAAGAUUUUUAGAUGAAGGGGAGUAUAUAAGGCAUAAGCAAGAACAUGAGCUGAAAAAGCAGUUCCAGUGCGAAGUCUGCGACAGAACUUUUUUCCGUUCAUCACAUUUGAAAAGACACGUCCGAACCCACGUCUCAGGAAGAGCUAAUCCUUGUGAUUAUUGUGGAAAGCCAUUCAAUUCCAUAGCAAACCUAAGGAGACAUCUAAUGAUAAAUCAUAAGAAAACUACCAAACACCAGUGCCAGGUCUGUGGUCAGAUGAUUCUUCAACCGUCUCAUUUAGAAAAACACAUCCGACAACAUCAGCGUCCCGUUGUCAGUGUGAAGGAAGGAGAAAAUAUUUUCCCAGAGGAGACCAAUCCAGAAGAAAAAGCCUAUAAGUGUUACCUCUGCAAGAAAAUGUUUAAGCAGCAUGUUUUUCUGAAGAAGCACCUGGAAAUGCACAAUAGUAAGGUUCUGUACAAGUGUGGGGUGUGUGAGAAAAUUUAUCCUACUAUGGCAGGCAUGAAGAAACAUAUGGAAGUGCAUGGCGAUGGUCCAUUUAGAUGUUUUGUCUGCUCAGUGGAAUUUGAGGAGUAUUUAGACUACAAAGAGCAUCAAAAUGCACAUCAACCAAAAGAAGAGGAGAAAAAAUAUCCUUGUGACGUGUGUAAGAAACGUUUUAAAUAUCGACUGUCUCUUAGAAAGCACAAAAAACUGCACAACUCAGAGGAGACAGUUGCUACUAAUUAUCAAUGUAAAAUCUGCUCGCAAAUUUAUUACAGUCGUCCCUCGCUUUCAAAACACUUGAAAACUCAUGAAGUACAGUCAUUGGAGACAGAGGGAGAUGAAGGCUUGUCCCAGACAAUACAUUAUGUGCUAGAUCACAGCGUUCCCAUCUCAAAUGAAAUGGAGCUGCAAAACCAGACAGUACAAUUACUGCCAAGUAAUGAGGGUACGGAUGAAGUGGCCGAAAUUGAAAUUCCAGCCAAUGCUGUUCAGUAUUUUACUGAAGAGGGAGGAGAGCAAGUAUUACACAUUGCCAUUAAUGAUAUCGAAAAUCAGAUAUCAGAAACAGUCCAGUCAGUACAAGUGAUAUCUUAUGGUGCUGAUGGAAAUGUUGAGGUACAAGAAGUUGCAACUGGCAGCAGUAAGAGGUCAGAAUCGCAGAUGGCCACUGAUGAUUCUGUUAAGAGAAAACUUCAUGGAAAAACAGAAUAUCAGGUCAUUGAGACAGACAGGCAAGGAAACCCAGAUGUUCUUUAUGUAGCUUUAGAUAAAUUUGGAAAGGAAAAAUAUCAAGUUGUUGCCAGCAACAUUUCAAACAAUGCAGAAAAACAUGCUGUUACUGACAAUGACAAAGGGAUAAGAGUGACAUCAGAAAAUUCUCAAGUUGUUGCAAGAAGCCAUCAGAAAAGCACAAAAGCACAUGUUGCUGUGGCAGAAGGCAAAAUGAUAAGUGAUACUUCAACAAACUAUCAAAUUGUUACCUCCAGCAACCAGAUGGUAGAAAGACAUGUUGCUGUGAUGGAUACUAAAGCUGCUGGUGCAACACCAAAACCUGUUGGAUUUAAGAACGUUCAAGCUGUGACAAAGGUUCCACAGGUGAAAGAGACCCCAGAUCCAAUGACUGUGGGUAAGAUCAGUGAAGGAACCUCUGAUGGGAGUGAAGCAAUUGAGAGCAUAUCAUUGGUGGUGUCUACAGAUGAAUCUGGGAAACAGUAUAUCCAGCUCCCGUCAGAAAUUCUCAACAAGGCAAUCAAACGUCAGUCAUCUUCAGCAGAACCAAUGGUUAGUACUGAAUCAAGUUCAAAAACACAUCCCUUGGACAACAGUUCAUCUGUUGAAACUAUUAAUAUUAUAUAUGAAGACGCCCCUGCAGGAAGUGAAAUUUCAAGUACUGAAGGACUUAUCCAACUUGCAGAAAGUGCUUUACAUUCAGAAGUGAAUGGAUCUGAACAAUUAGCAGAAACUGUUGUUAUAUUUGAGUCACCCUCUAAAGCUUCCAACUCAGAUCAUUCCUAUGUUAACGUCACUGAAGAUGGUACUCAGCCCGUUCUAGAUGUUUAAAUGUAUAUAAUACAUUAUUAUGAUUGGAAGUCUGAUUUUUGAUAUUUUUUAAAAUUUGAUAUUUAUUGUAUUAAUGCUUGAAUGAGAGUAGCUUCGAUCUGUAGUUCUCUUGCCUGAAAACACAGUUUGCUCAUUCUGACCUUUUCUGUCCUGUGAGCUACAGAUUUGCAGUUUGGAUGAAUUGAGUUGAUGCUUUGAAUAUCUUUUUUUUUUAAUUUUAACUUCAAUCUGUUAAUAAUAUUGUUCAUCAAGAAAAAGUUUUUGAUCUACCUAUUCAGUUUGUUUGUUAUUUACAUUGUAAAGGACUAUCUAUAAUAUGGUUAUAUAAUUCAUAUAUCUGCCAUUUUCUAUAUAUUAUCAAUCUAUCAUGUUAAAUUUAAUUCAGUUCACACAAUAUAUAUUGCCUAUGAUAAAUUGCCUUGCAAAGGUGGAGUUCGUUCAUUAAUUUAUCUACGUAUGAUAGAAAUACAUAUAUUUAAAUGUACAUGUAAAAUAUUUCCAUAUUCAAAAAGGUGAUCAAUCUAUGUUGACAACUACAAUGGAAAUAAUCCACAAAUUCUGGCAUAUUUUGUUCUAAGAAAAUAAUACACAUGUACAUUGUACCAGUGUAUUUAUUUUGUACUUGGUUAAAUUUGUCAAACUCAAGGUAUGCAUGACUUGCACAUGUUUUUCUUUAUUGUUACCUGCUUGAACUUGAAAACACUGAUAAAUAAAGACAUAAAAAUCCACCAA